AGCGGCAGCAUAAUUAUCAACCCCCAAAGGAAAGGAGUGAAUAUCCGAGUCCUUGAUCCAACACAGAUUGCUUUCAUACUUCAUCGGAAACCCGUCUAGCACCUACGCAAUGGCCGAACUCAACGAAAAUGAGCCGUUCCACUGGGAUGUCGAGCGGGUGGUCAAAGAGUUAUGCACCCCGGAGCGUACAUGGGAUGCGCCUGCUCCGCAUAAGCUGCCCGACCCUGAACGCCUUGCAUUUAAGCUGCGCGAACUCGACAUCGAUGGAGAGACACUCUUGAUGUACCCAGACGAAUACGGUUGGCCCACGUUUUGGGAAAUGCUAGGCAUAAAAAAGCUCGCCCACCAUUUAUCCAUCGGAAAAGCCAUCAAACAGUUUAGGGAGACCAGUACUCUUUACUAUCGACAAAGGAGGGAUAUUGACCUUCCGAAAGGUCUGCUGAGUACGAUUCCGGCCAUCAAGCCGGAUCCUCUGAAUCCCUCUGAGCCGACGCCUCCUCUAGUCGAUAAUUCCAUCCCAGAGCCAACUGCCGCGGCGAUUGAUGGCCCCGUCUCCGAGCCAAGUUCUGCUGGAGUCGGCAAUGCAGCUACGGAUGCAAGGCCUGCUAUAGUCAACAACACAGCUGUGGAAGCGAACUCUGUUAUGCUCAAUGAUGCUGCUUCCGAGCCAACUCCUGGUGUGGUCAGCGCUCCCGCUUCUGAGACCGCUCAUGUCAUGACAGGUUCUGCUGCCGUCGCGCCGACGCCGAUGGAGGGUGUCAUAAGUCAGCACGCCGCCCCUGCAGAGCAAGCGCAGGAUGUUCAAAUGUCCGGUAUCCCUGACCGGUCACCAGAAUCACCAGAGAAGCGCGCUUUAGGCAACGGUCUUCGGCAAGAUACCGAGGAGGCCUCGAGGGACCCGGAGCGCCCUCUUAAAAAGAGGAGGAUCGCUCCCACCAUUGUAUCGACAGUUGCCCCAGCUCAAGCGAGGUCAUUUAUCCCCACAGAAGGUGACAUGUUCUACCACCCUUUGCUCGAUAUUCCAUCCUCUCAGACUGGAGCCUCUCAGACUGGAGCUUCUUUCCGUUCAGCUACCCUUCCAACGAGCACCUUUCUUUCCGAUGCCAACUUUGAUCGGUUUUUGGACGUCGAGGAUUCAAAAUUCAGUUAUCUUGGGUCUUCCGCCUUGCGCUCCGAGGACAUUGCAAGCCUCCCGUACAACUUUGAGUCUGAUGACGACGGCGACGACAAGGAGGCUAGUGAGGAGUUCACUUGGGUCAGGUCUGGUGCGGUACCACCAGCGCGCGCCCUACAGGUGGCUCGGGUAAUGAGAAAAUUCUUCCGUAAACGCAGCCCUUUUGUGAAUGAGGACGAGGAGGUCGUCUUGGACUUUGGAGAGGACGAUGACGGCAUGUCGGUGGAUUCAGAAACAUACCGAGAGUAUGAACAGGAGGAGCAAGAACGGAAAGCUCACCAAAGCAUGCACGGGUCUCUACAGCUCAGUAAAGUGCAGGCUGAGGAGGCCAUAGAGAAUGCUAUCCAGAGACUGCAAGUCAGUUGGGAAACGAUCAAGAAGCCCAAAUGCGAAAGACGGGCCUGGAAGAUAUGGCAAGACGCCCGGCGACACCGUACCCGUUUAAGCCUCAUCACCUUCGCGAAAAACCAGCUCAGAAGCCUCGAAGUCCGACUUGGAAAUAUGAAAAACGAGCUUUUGAAUCAGAAAUGGUUCAAAGAGGACAAGAUCGAGGCCAAAGCUGAAGGGUUUUUGGAAGAGAGUGUCUAUGACAGAAAAUACCAAACUUGGCUCCUUAACUUGCUCGAGAACCCUCAUGAGCCGCCCAAGCCUUCGACGCUUCCCAGGCUAAAGCCGGAACCCAAAAGAGAGAGAGAGACACUCGCAAGCGAUGAAGAACUCUUGACGAGCGAUUCUGAAGAAGAGGACCAGUUUAUCGAGGAUGAUCUUUCGCCAGUAGAUCACAUGGUCAUUGACCCAAAGGAAACUAUCCCAUCUACCCGACCUAGCACGCCUGUCCGCCCCUUGAACCCAUCGACAGAAACAAACCAAAUACCGGAAGAGGAAGAAAAUACCAUUGCUCAACCCUCUGCGGUUGAUGACGAGACAAGGGCAGUGAAUAAGGUUGAACCAACAACACCUCAACGCAUAAUUCAUACAAUCCCAGCAGAACCUAUCGAAAUCUUGUCCUCACCAUCCGACAUGGACCAGCUUGCCAAUGUCCCUCCUCUCACUGAUGUUGAUACCAUCGGCAAACUUGGAACGCAGUUCUGGGCAAAGCACAGGGACGGCGAACGUCUUGUGAUUGCCGCUCUCUGGAGCUGGUCACCUUUGCGGCAGUCGGAAAUUUUUGAUACCAUUCAAGAUCGCGGAGACAAAGAGACAUGGAAGGAGCAUAUUCAACCACUCAUUGACCGAGCCGCUACCGGGAUCUCUAGGAUCGAUGUCGACCCGGACUCGACCAGCCUCAUUCUGGCCCUUUUGUUUCUCACAUAUUCUGACUUUAGCGAAGGACGACUCAAGAUUAGAUCGACUACCCUUCGUUGCGUUACCUGCCAAAAGCUUAACCGGGAAUAUCUGCGGUUUGGAGAGUUUUUCAACUUUUUGCAGGAUUGCAUUCGCUAUUUUCGACCCGAGCCCAAGUCACCCACUCCAAUGGAGAUGACCUCCGCUAAAUCCCCGGAGGCAACUCAAGAUAUACCUAUGGAUAUCACAAGCGAGUCUGAGCAUAUGGAUACAGACUUGGAGGAGCUGUCCUCCCAGUUCCCUCUGUCAUCUGCGAAGAAAGGCCGACGACCCAAACAUGACGAAAAGGCCAAAAAGCUCCGUGUCGAUUCCAAGGCAUUAUUGAAACAAAUGGACGAACGCCGUAAACUAUUGCGGGCCAAACUUGCCGAAACUGGAUCAGUACCGAGUGACAAGUCACGUCUCAUCAUCAAUGAAACCAAAGAAUCCGACGACCUUCCUUUGAUCUACGUUCAUGAGGAGAUUGGAGGGAGGAUUAAGGACCAUCAAAUAGACGGUGUCCGCUUCAUGUGGGACCAGAUCGUGGUUGAGUCAAACUCACGCCAGGGGUGCUUACUUGCCCACACCAUGGGCUUAGGCAAGACAAUGCAAGUUAUCACCUUGCUGGUUGCCAUUGCUGAGGCAUCCCAAUCCGACGACCCCCGGGUAGUUGCCCAGAUCCCCAAGGACCUUCGGGUUGGUAGACCCUUGAUUCUCUGUCCUUCUGGUUUGGUUGAAAAUUGGAUCGACGAAAUCUGUAAAUGGGCGCCAAAAGACAUCUUGGGGACUAUCACCAAGAUUGAUGCAGCGACGGUGCCACCCAGCGAGCGGGUUCUGCUCAUCAAAGAAUGGGCGCGGUCUCGAGGCGUACUAGUCAUGGGCUACGAAUUGUUCAGGUCUCUAGUCUCAGGAAAGGAAGACAACGUGGCUGAACUGCUACACAGUUCUCCAUCGAUUGUGAUCUGCGACGAGGCUCAUCGGUUCAAGAAUAAGACUUCCAAGUUGUACGCUGUAGUCCAAGACUUCCACACCAUGAGCCGUAUUGCCACGACGGGAUCACCUCUGACCAGGAACGUAAUGGAUUACUAUUCCAUGAUCAACUGGGUAGCUCCCAACUACCUGAGUGAUGUGGGAGAGUUUAACCAAAAAUACGCCGAACCCAUUAGCGCGGGUCUACAUGCCGACAGCACUGACGCGCAAAAGAAGCUCGCCAGAGAACGCCUGCAAAUUCUCAAGGCCAUUGUCGCGCCGAAGGUGAACAGGAAGGACAUCCAAGUCCUGGUCGACGAGCUUCCACAGAAAAGGGAGUUCAUCCUCACCAUCCAAAUGACCAAGGUCCAGCGAGAUGCUUACCAAGAAUAUCUGGAGACUGCACAGCGGAACAAGGGAAAUGACCUUUAUCGCACCGCCUGCGUUUGGGGUCUCAUCGCCUCUCUAAAGCUGCUUUUGGCGCAUCCAAAAAUCUUCAAAAGCAAGAUGGAGGAACGCUUAAGUGCUAAUCCAGCACUGGUCAAGGGCAAACAUCGCAUAACAAACGAUGAAGACCCAGAUAGUGAUGAGAAUGAUGAACCACUGGAUUUGUCGCGGGACACGCUAAGGAAUGUUCUCGCCAAGGUGUCGAUCAGGGGCAUCGACGACAUUGUGCAUUCUACCAAAGUCACUGUGCUCUUGCAAAUCCUUAAGGAGUGCAAACAGAUCGGCGACAAGGUACUCGUCUUUUCUCAAAGCAUCCCAACCUUGAACUUUCUGCAGGAUCUGUUCAAGCAGAAGAAGAUCAAUUACAAAAAAUUAGAUGGAAAGACACCGGUCAGUCAACGCCAGGCUGCUGUCAAGGAGUUCAAUGCGGUUGACUCACUCGAUGUCUAUCUGAUUUCUACCAGGGCUGGUGGUGUCGGUCUCAACAUUCCUGGGGCCAAUCGCGUAGUCCUCUUUGACUUUGGCUUCACUCCCGCGGAAGAGCAGCAGGCUGUCGGUAGAGCAUAUCGGAUUGGCCAAGAGAAGAAGGUAUUUGUUUAUCAUCUUAAGGUCGGCGGUACCUACGAGACCGCCAUUCACAAUCUGGCAAUCUUCAAGAGGCAGUUAUCGGAGCGGGUUGUGGAUAAGAAGAAGCCAAUCCCCUCUUCAACCAGGAUGAGAGAGUACUUCAUUACACCCCCUGAGAACCUGGAGCAAAAGGAUCUGUCAGCUGUGAAGGGCCUUGAUCCAGAAGUCUUGGAUAAGGUCCUUGCAUCCGCCGAGGGCAGCAGUAUCAUCCGCGAAAUCGAUUCAACCGAGACUUUCGAAAGGGAGGAAGUGUAUGAGUUCACUGCAGAGCAACACCGCGAGUUGAACAAGCAGAUUGAGCUGGAAGAGCUUCGAAUCAACAACCCUGAGGAGUACAAGCGGCAGAUGUCAACAGGCUCGGGAUAUGCGCUGCCAUCUCUUCCACCAAAUCUUGGUACGCCAAUAUCUACGGGCGGUGAGUCCCCGUCCGCGCUGCUCAAACACGCACAACAAAACACAAAUCACCAACGUCAGCUAAUCCGAAUUUUAGUCCCACUCCACCUCAGAGACAAACAUAACCCAGCAACACCUGGCUCAGCUCAUAGUAUCCCCCCCUCUGCUGCGAACAACAUUUCUGCAAGCACCCAAGCGGGUGCACCAAUUCCACGAGUAGCCUCAACCGCCAUAGCGAGCCAAACAGUUGCGUCAUCACCAAGCCCGGCUAACGGUCAAGUGGCCGCGUUGAAUCCCAUUCUCGGAACCAAUACGCACUACAAGGUGGCCGAGGCUCCAAGAAGGCCCAAUACGCUCAAAGCGCCUGAAAUUAUCCCCAAACCAAGGAAACCGGAGGAUACUACCCCAAAGCUUCUCGAGGCUCUCGGCGAAGUACAUAGAAAGCUUCGGGAUGAGGGUUAUGACAUGUCCAUCCAUCCGCAAGAUCUGGUUAUGCAGAUCAAUUCGGAAUGUGAUCGCCAGGAUAUGGCCGCAGGAACGCUCCCUAGAAUGGAUAAACUGCGAAGCUUGUGCAAAGCGGUCACAGAAAGUACCAGGUUUGGAGAGGCUUUGCUCGCAGGAUACCUCACGCCUAAUGAGGUAGUAGCUAUGGGCAUGGCUCAGAUGAAGACCAAGAUCGCCGAAUUUCAAACCAUGACAGACGACUGCUUCAAGCAAGAGUUGUGGGCGCGUCACAAAGCCAGCCACGCCCCGAAAUCGACGGCCGACGUGACAGUCAAAACCGAGAAAACAAGAAUGCGACCACCUCUUGCGGAAUCUGAUGCUAUAGACGGUAUAGCAAGAAGCAGCAGCACCAGCACGACCACCAAGGCCACUCCUAGCCGAACGUUGACGGAAGACAUUGAACGGAAGAAGAAGAAGAAGAAGAAAAAGGAGGAAAAGAAAAAGCACAAGAGGAGGCUUCAACCGGGUGGCACGGCCGACAUGCCCCUAGUGAUUGAUGACGACUGAAAGUAUCGUUUACCCAUUUUCCUAGAGUCGAUAACCCCUCUAUUUUCCGUUCUGCUCUCUGUCGCCCUCUUGAGAUACCCUGUCUUUUUUUUUUUUUUUUACCAUUACCCUCCAGUCAUUGCUUUGGCGUUCCGGUAACAACCAGCAAGGAUAUUAUCAGCAGUGGGAAGAAGGACGAUGGAGGCAAACAUCAGCAGAUUGAGGACUCUGUCGGUACGGUUCAGGCUUGGACA